CAGAAUAUGCAAUAAUGCGCUACGCACACCAGCAAAUACUCAGGACCUCCAUGUCGUGUUUGCUGAGACUCAUUCUGUUCGAUAUUUGCCUGGCCUUUUUUGCCCAAGAAGUGAAAGCUGGUUGAAUCCCGCAGCCCUAGCCCUCGAUUGGCAGAAUGGCCCGCCGACCUGCGAUCUUCGUUCUGGCCGCCGCCGCAUGCGUUUGGCUCUUCUCCGCAAGCAUCUCCAGCCCUGAGCAGGAGGUCUUCGUUGUCCAGACCCCUGCCCUGCGUGGCCAGGGUGCCUUCACUGGCGGCACCGUGGAGAUCUCUGCAGUUGACUCCCCUGUGGUGUUGAAGGCCCUGCCUGAGCCACGCCCCAACGAUGCCAUGCUGCCAGUCGAGCUGAACCGAACCUCCUUGUACUGGGGCUUGCUGCUGAUCUGCAUCCUCUCGGUCCUCUUCUCCAGCUACUUCUUCAACUGAGCCGCGAUCCCUUUUAAAGAUCUUUUUGAGCUUGACAUGUCUGCAGGUUCAGUGCGAGCGUCUCGCUGACUGCGGAAAGAGACGGAAGCCUCUCAGAGGAUCGCGAGCGAAAAUGAAA